UUUCAUCUAUGUCUUGUCCUAAUUCUAAUAUAUAAAUAACACCCUCUAUAUUUGGAGUUUCAUUUUCUUCCGUGUCUUGUUUCUUCUCUGCAUCUCUUGGAUCUUUUGCAGAGACCAACCCCAGAAGAAGAAGGAAAAAAAAAAAAUUAAAUUAUAAAUCAACCCUUUUUGUAAAUCCCCACCUUUAUUUCUGCUAAAGUUUUGAUUUUUAUUUGUUUCUGUGUUUUAUCUUUAUGGAUCCUAAUUGGGUUUGAUCUUGCUCUUUUUGAUUGGGUGCUUGUGUUGUUGUUUUAUUUAUUUAUUUAUUUUUUUCUGUAAUUUAUUUUUUUAAUUUAAUUUUCCCCAGGAUAAUCAUGAAUUUUUCUGGUGAUUGAAUUUUGUUCAGGGUUUGAGUUGGGGGUUAGGUUUAGGGUUUGUUUUGAAUUGGUGGGUGAUUGGACGUUGAUCUGGGGUUAGGUAUCAUGUAUGAUUUUUCUUGGGAUUUAAAUAGGUUUUUGAAAUUGGAACCCUGUUUAUUCCCACCUCUUGUAGAAUUCCUUUCCAUUUCUUCAUUCCAAUUAUUGCUAAUUUUUGUGUUUGUUUGGUGAUUGGAUGGUGUGCAAUUGGAAUGUUCUACACUUUGCCUGGUUGGAAAUCGUUUCUAGUUUGUUUGAUUAUAUCUAUAAAUUUGAGUAGUAGAUGUCUUGUUUGGGCAAAUGAUUGGUCCCCUUUUUGUUCUAGAAUGUUGAACCUUGAGGACUGUGAGAACAAACAGAUUUUGGGUGAUUUUGUAAUUUUUGGAUGUCUAUUUUUUAUACUUGCAGAAUAAUACUAUAUGGGUUUCUACUUGAUAUUUGAUGUAUGGCCAAAGAAAUAAACUUGAUAAUCUGCAUUGUGAUCCAUCUCAAUUUGAUUGGUCAUAUAAGUCUAGUAGUGCUUAAUGCUUCCAUGCUUUCAUACUUUUGAAUCCUAUUUAGGAUAGGUCUCCUCAAUGUGCAAAAUUUGAUGAUUAUUGGAUAGGAAAAAUCCUGCCAAGUCUGCUAACCCUACUUUUAUUGUGGUCAUUAUCAUUGCCAUAGUUGUUACCUUGACUUGCAAAUCUACAAAUCCACCAUCAUAAUGCCUUAGUAAUUUCCUGAAUCUUUCUGUUCCCAAGCAACAACACCAACACACUGGACAGGAAGAUAAGUCUAGCCACCCAUGAUAUCUCUGGAGAGCCAUUUCUAAUAACAAUAAUGCAUUGAAGUCCUUGUAUUUCUUAUUUACUAUCUUGCUUGAUGUUCAUGUAAAUUUUACUAAAAAUAAUUAAAUAAAAUUUCAUUUCCCCAUCUAUCCCAUUUCAUAAUGUCCAUAGAACUAUGUAGAUUUAGGAUUAUCUUGUUAUGAGUGUCAGUUCAAUUUCUACCCUAUCGCCCGUUGAAUUUCAAUAUUACACAAAGCCACUGCUUUGUAUGAUGUUCUUAGGUAGGAAACAAAAUAAAUGGGAUUCAUUGUCACAACCAUAGAUCACAGUAUCCGUGAUAUGAUCCGGGAUACUAGGUAAUUUCACUAAUGAAUAAGUUUGAUUGACGGUGUCCUUAUUUCAAACAAUAGUGUUGAGUUGAUGAAUCAGUUUGAUUGAAGUGUCCUUAUUUCUCUGUUUCUAUGGUUUUAUUUCUAACUGCUGCUUCCUAGAUUUUAAAUUUAAUUGAUAUCAAAUUUAUUGGAUUGAGAUCUUGUGUUGCUUAACGUAGUUUCUUUUUCUUCCUUUUUGAUGGUAUACCUGCAGAUUUUGGGGCUUGUUGGUGAUUCUGUUGUAAGAUGUGUUCGUUAUUUAUACAUUUGUCCAAGAAUGUAGUAUACAUUGAUUCAUUAAUUAUAACGUACUUUGGAGCAUUGCAUGAGUGAUUGCCGUGUGAUUCUUUUGUGAAGUCAACUAAAGGUUCUGUAAUUACAAACUGGGACUCAGAAGCCCUCGGUAGGGAGUAUAGCUAGAGCUUAUUGUCUUGUUAACACCGUGCAAGGAAGAUGGCUGGUGUUAAGCGAAGAUUAUGUAGUGAUUCAGACAUCCGUGCUCUUCACAAAGAAUUGGAUGAAGUUUCAUGUGCUAUCUGCAUGGACCAUCCACAUAAUGCUGUUCUUCUCCUUUGCAGCUCUCAUGAGAAGGGCUGCAGAUCUUACAUUUGUGAUACAAGUUAUAGGCAUUCAAAUUGCCUGGACCGGUUUAAAAAAAUGAGGGACAAUUCUAAGGAGAACCCAAAUUUACCCAAUUCUUUAGUAAACACAAACAACUCUGGAUCAAGACAGGGUGAUGCCCAAGAUCCAAGUAGGCAUUUAGACCCACAUGAUGAAGGCAUUUUAGAAACUGCUGAUUCUGAGACCUUGCAGGACAGGGCUGUGCUUGAGGAUUUAGAUGCAGAUAAUUCAUCAGAGUCAAAAUUGAGCUUGAAAUGCCCUUUAUGUAGAGGCACAGUACUGGGUUGGGAAGUGAUUGAAGAGGCUAGGAACUACUUGAACAUGAAGAAGAGAAGUUGCUCAAGGGACUCAUGCUCAUUUGUUGGUGAUUAUCUGGAAUUGCGCAGGCAUGCAAGAAGAGUUCAUCCCACUUCUCGUCCCUCUGACAUUGAUCCGACAAGAGAAAGAGCCUGGCAACAUAUUGAACGUCAAAGAGAAUAUGGUGACAUUGUCAGUGCUAUUCAAUCUGCCAUGCCGGGAGCUGUGGUAGUUGGAGAUUAUGUUCUUGAGAAUGGAGAUGGUAUUGGUAGGUUAUCAGAUGAACGUGAAGGCAACAUUGGCAAUGCUAGUGGUCCUUGGUUAACCACAACCAUCUUGUUUCAGAUGAUGGAUAGUACCAUUGAAAUUGUUAGGGAACCAAGACCUCAUUCAAGUGCAUGGACAAGGCAUCAUCGUCGUUCAUCUGACCGACGCCACUAUCUUUGGGGUGAGAAUCUGUUGGGUCUUCACGAUAAUCAUGAUGUUGAUGAUGAUCUACGUAUGUUUAUUAGUGAUGUUGGUGAAGAUGCAUCUCCUGUGCCAAGGAGGCGUAGGCGUUUGACCCGGACAAGGUCCAAUGAAGAUCAACCAUGAUGGUUACCAUCAUUUAUCUAUCUGGUAAUAAUAUUCACAAUUCAGUGUUUUUUGGCAGGAACUUAUUAUUUUACUUGAAUUGUUUCGGAUUUAUCAUCAGUUAAUCCACUUGGUUUCUUCACUAGAAUUGUUUGAACAUGUCAGCUUUGGACUCAGUAGAGUGGCUGAAGCAGCAAGUUCAGAACAAAUCAUGGCCAAAUCCUUAAACGUUAGUUUCAUUGAAACAAGGAGAAUGUCUAGAAGGAGCUUGCUUUAAUGUUAUGAUAUUUAGCUUUGGAAGUAGUAAACUAUUGGGUAAUUUGGCAGGUUGUUGCAUAGUCAUAUUGCUAUUAUGUGUAACGUGUAUUGUAACUCUAUAUUGUUCAAUCCUUCUCUAUACCAAAUCAUUGUUUGUUUUAAGCUUGUGAAUAUUGUCUGUAGUCAUAUUACUAUUAUGUGUAACUUGUAUUGUGACAUUAUAGUGUUCAAU